UUGUUACACAAUGCUACAUAUGACUCGUAUACAGAGAAGCUCAUAGUUGCCAACGUAGAUGAAAAGGUCUUCAAAAAAAGGUUUGUUCGCGCAGGUGACAGAACAAAGAAAAAGUCAGUGUUAUGCUGCUUGCACUUGGUACACUUGAGUUUCUCUCUUUCUUUUCCAACAUCCGCUGUACGUACAUCUGUCUCGCUUUUCAGAAACAAAGUGCAAAUGCAUGCGAAUUUAAUAUUUGAUUAAGAAAUGGCUAGUGUAGCGACCAUAAGUAUGGAAAAUAAUUCCAACAAGAAUGGAGACAGCAUGGAAAUAGAAAAGCAGCUCAAAGAAAGAGCUGAAAGGAAUCGUCAGAAAGCACUCUUAUUAAAAAAGUCUAAAAUUGUAACUCAUCCAUAUACAAGAGAAAAUGGUGACUCUACAAAAGGAAGAAUGUUAAAAGUUCAAGGACAGCGUGUUAUCGACAGUGGUGGAGGUUUUUUGAUAGAAGAAAAUGAUGAAUUAGAACAGCAAAUGUUGAAAAUUGUAACUGAGCCAGAUCCUGUUAUCGGUACAUUAAACGAAUGUGAGGAGUGUCAACAGAAAUUCGGAGAUUCAUUUAUUCUGCGCACAUUCAAUUUAGUUGUCUGUGAUAAGUGCAGAGAUAAAGAGGGAAAACAUUCUUUAAUCACUAAAACUGAAGCUAAACAAGAAUAUUUAUUGAAAGACUGCGAUCUCGAUCUACGGGAACCCCCGCUCAAAUAUAUCGUGCGAAAAAAUCCUCACAAUGCGAAUUGGGGCGAAAUGAAAUUAUAUUUGCAUCUACAAAUAGAGCAGAGAGCUUUGGAAGUUUGGGGUUCGGAAGAAAAUCUAUUGAAGGAGAAAGAAGCCCGCGAUUUAAAGCGAGAGGGAGCUAAGAUCAAGAAAUUUAAUAAAAAGAUUAAAGAGCUACGAAUGCAAGUGAGAAGUUCAUUGUACGAUAAGACGACGAAAGCGUCGCACGUUCACGAGUUUGGGAAGGACACAUAUAAUGAAGAGGAUGAUACAUAUACACAUACAUGCACGACGUGUGGUUAUGAGGAAACAUACGAGAAAAUGUAAAAGUCUGAAUAUCAGAUAUUUGCGAUAUCAGGAUAACAUUAAUGUAAUUAAUGAUAUUUAAUAUUAGCGAAAAUAUAAUUUCCUCUCGAACAAGUCUUGAAAUCUGUUUUUUACGAAAAUUUAUUAUACCAAAGUACGCAAGACUCUGCUUGUAUUCUGUUGAUAAAUAUAAUUUUAAUUUACAUAUUUUUUUAUUGCUUUACAAAAUAAAAUGAUCAAUUAUCUUUGUCAUUACUGAUCUUUUAUAAAUCUACUACAGGAAUAAUGUA